AUGGGUGCACAUAAUGGUUACUACAACACCCUUGUGAUUCAUUACAACACGCUCUCUGUUAGAAAAUACACAAAAUGCAGAAAUGUCAAUUCUAUAGAUCCUAUUAAUCCUCUAGAAUUUACUUUCAAGAAACUUUUAAUAGCCAACAGAGGAGAAAUAGCUUGCAGGAUAAUAAAUACAGCCAAAAGAAUGGGUAUUAAAACUGUAGCAGUAUAUUCUGUAGCUGAUGCACAAGCUCUUCACGUGAAAUUAGCAGACGAAACAGUUUUUAUCGGAAACUCGCCAGCUUCAGAAUCUUACUUAAACAAAACGAACAUCAUAGAAGCCGUCAAACUAACAAAAGCUGAAGCUGUUCAUCCUGGCUAUGGAUUUCUCUCGGAAAACGCCGAAUUUGUGGAAAUGCUGGAAUACGAAAGAGUUGCUUUCAUAGGUCCAUCAUCAGAUGCCAUUAGACAAAUGGGUGAUAAACUGGAGUCAAAACGUCAAGCCAUGUCGGCUGGUGUGAAUACUAUACCAGGACAUGACGGUAUAGUUGAGGAUGCAGAAGAAUGUGUGAAAAUAGCUAGACAGAUUGGCUAUCCCGUCAUGAUCAAGGCUUCAGCAGGAGGUGGUGGAAAAGGAAUGAGAAUAUCCAGAAGCGAUCAAGAAACAAGAGAUGGUUUUAAGCUAUCGACACAAGAGGCAAUAUCAAGCUUUGGAGACAAUCGAAUAUUAAUAGAAAAAUUUAUAGAGAAACCUAGGCAUAUCGAAAUUCAGGUACUGGGAGAUAAAUUUGGUAAUAUUAUUUAUUUAAAUGAAAGAGAAUGUAGCAUACAAAGGCGAAAUCAAAAAGUCAUUGAAGAGGCACCAAGCUCUUUUUUAGAUCAAACUACUAGGGAAUUAAUGGGCCAACAAGCUGUUUCACUGUGUCAAAAUUUAGGAUAUUUUUCAGCUGGAACCAUAGAGUUUCUUGUUGACGAAAACAAACACUUUUACUUUUUAGAAAUGAACACAAGAUUACAAGUAGAGCAUCCAGUGACAGAAUGCAUAACAGGAAUUGAUUUAGUGCAGCAGAUGAUAAAGAUAGCUAAAGGUUACAAAUUGAAUAUUAAACAAGAAGAAAUAACGAUUAAUGGUUGGGCUUUUGAAAGUAGAGUGUAUGCGGAAGACCCUUACAAAUAUUUUGGAUUGCCUUGCACAGGUAGAUUACAUAAAUACAAAGAACCUCAACAUUUACCCAGCAUACGCUGUGACAGUGGUAUAGAAGAAGGAACAGCAAUUAACAUAUACUAUGAUCCAAUGAUUUGUAAGUUAGUGUCACAUGGUAAAGACAGGAAAGAAGCUAUCCAAAAACAUUUAAUUGCUUUAGACAGUUAUGUUAUCCGUGGUGUUACCCAUAAUAUUCCUCUAUUGAGAAAUAUUCUAACCCAAGAAAAGUUUUGCAAAGGAGAUAUUAAUACCAACUUCUUAUUUGAAACUUAUGGAGAUGGAUUUAAAGGUACAAUUUUAAAAAAGACAGACAUACAUAAACUUCUUACCAUUGGUUCUGCUUUUUUCAUAACGGAUUUUAUUAGAAAUACAAAUUUCAAUGAGAACAAAACAAAAGAAAAUUGUUCAUGGAAGCUUAACGUAGAACUCAAUAAUCAAAAAUAUUAUUGUGGUAUUGACAAUGAACCUGAAGACUUUAUUGUAAAAAUAGGCAAUAAAAAAUAUAACAUUAAUAAAAAAUCAAUCCAUUUAACCAAACCAGUUUUAAAAGUAUUAAUAAAUAAUGAAGAUAAUGUCGUGCAAUUAAUUUCAAGAGGACCAACUGGAAAUUAUAAUAUUAUGUAUAAAGGAACAACUUACAGGCUUUGUAUUUUUGAACAACGAAUAGCCAAUUAUCUUCAUUUAAUGCCAGCCAAAAAUAAACGUGAUAGUUCUAAAAAAGUGAUGUCGCCAAUGCCAGGGGUUGUAAAGUAUGUUACCCAUAAAGUUGGAGAUUGUGUAGCACAAGGAGAAGAAUUGUGUAUUAUUGGUAGGUAUUGGUACUCUUAUAGUAGGGCAUUAUAA